GUUCUAGUUUGUGCUCUGAAAAUGACAAAUAAUGAUAAUGUUGGAACAAUGAUUAAGUUGGAUUCUUCCAAUUACUCUAUGGAAAUCUCGAAUGAAAGAUUAUUAUUUUGCAAAGACCUAUAUGAUUCUAUUGAGGAGAAAGUUAUUAAACCAGAAGAUAAUCUGAAGGAGAUUGGAAUAAGUUAA